UUACUACAAAGGCAGACGAUUUCUAAUUUUUUAGUCACAACGUCUAGAAGAGUUGCAUGGAUUACAUUGGAAAUCUAUGCGACAGACAUUAGGGUUAUUUUCGCGAAGGUCGGGAUCAUAACGAUUCAGGAGAGACCAAGUUGGAGGGAAUAGUCAUUUGGUGUCUGGCUGCCACUAUCUUUUGAUGAUUAUUUAUUGCGGAGAGUUGGUAUAUUCAGAACCAUGGAGAAAAUUACGAAACUAUACACUAAACAAGCUACCCGGCGUGAAUGUAUCUCCAUCCAUGUCGGCCAAGCCGGAGUCCAGAUGGGUAACUCCUGCUGGGAGUUGUACUGCCUGGAGCACGGGAUCCAGCCCGAUGGUAUGAUGCCUGGUGAUACCUCCCCCGGCAAGGAGAAUGAUGCCUUCAACACCUUCUUCAGUGAGACCGGUAACGGGAAGCACGUCCCCCGGGCUGUCAUGGUUGACCUUGAACCUUCGGUCGUAGAUGAGGUCCGUACCGGUACCUACCGUCAGCUCUUCCACCCUGAGCAGCUGAUCACCGGCAAGGAGGAUGCUGCCAACAACUACGCCCGUGGUCACUACACCAUCGGUCGAGAGCACAUCGACAAUGUCAUGGACAGGAUAAGGCGAUUGGCGGACAAUUGCAGCGGUCUCCAGGGCUUCCUUAUCUUCCAUAGCUUCGGAGGUGGAACAGGAUCUGGGCUAAACGCUCUCCUCAUGGAGCGUCUCUCCGUCGACUUCGGCAAGAAGUCCAAACUGGAGUUCGCCAUCUAUCCGGCACCUCAGGUUUCCACCGCUGUUGUCGAGCCAUACAACUCCAUCCUUACCACUCACACCACCCUCGAGCACUCCGACUGUGCCUUCAUGGUCGACAACGAAGCCAUCUACGAUAUCUGCCGUCGUAAUCUCGACAUCGAGCGUCCGUCAUACCAGAACCUCAACCGUCUGAUCGGCCAGAUUGUGUCUUCCAUCACCGCAUCUCUGCGAUUCGAUGGCGCUCUUAAUGUCGAUCUGACCGAGUUCCAGACCAACUUGGUGCCAUAUCCAAGAAUCCACUUCCCUCUUGUCACAUACGCACCCGUCAUCUCCUCUGAGAAGGCUUUCCACGAGCAGCUCAGUGUUUCUGAGAUCACCACUUCCUGCUUCGAGCCUCUGAACCAGAUGGUGAAGUGCGAUCCCCGUCACGGCAAGUACAUGGCCUGCUGUCUCCUGUACCGUGGUGAUGUCGUCCCCAAAGAUGUCAACGCCGCCAUCGCUACCAUCAAGACCAAGCGUUCCAUCCAGUUCGUCGACUGGUGUCCAACUGGCUUCAAGGUCGGUAUCAACUACCAGCCACCCACCGUUGUCCCUGGUGGUGAUCUUGCCAAGGUUCAGCGUGCCGUCUGCAUGUUGAGCAACACCACCGCCAUCGCCGAGGCUUGGGGUCGCUUGAACCACAAGUUCGAUCUGAUGUACGCCAAGCGUGCUUUCGUCCAUUGGUACGUCGGAGAGGGUAUGGAGGAAGGAGAGUUUGCAGAAGCUCGGGAGGACUUGGCUGCUCUCGAGAAGGACUACGAAGAGGUCGGCAUCGACUCCUGCGACGCUGAGGCAGAAGAUGAUGAAGAUUAUUAGAUACCGCUGGGCCUCGGUUGCUAGUCUAGACGGUUUCUAUGUACAUCCAUCGUAACAAUCUGUUCCUUUAUCAUGUGUACAACUUCGUCAUGAACUCCCAGCCUUGUAUUAAUGUUUAACAAUGAAACGAAUAAGACUACUAAUCCUAUAUGAAUAACGCCUUUAUCAAAUCUGUUCAGAGUCAGCAAGGCGUUAAUUCUGCAUUACAAUAAUGAUUUAAUGCCCUUCUGGCUCCAAACAGACGGUUUGUUCUAUUAUUUUUUUAAAACUUAAAUACGAUCAGACGUUAGUCGUUCCAUCGACGGUGUGUGACGUAUAUACAUGUUAUGCCAUGCUUCUUGCCAUAGUCUUUCUUUGGGUCCCUCUGGUUGGAACCAUUCUUAUUACGUGUGCUAUCAAGUGCAAUUUGAGACAGUGAAAACCAUGACUCGAUGAGGCUAAUGAAAUCCAUGUGCCUUUUUUCUGUCUAUAAUUAAAAAAUACAUUGAUGCGUAUGAUUUAUUGUUUCCAUAUCCGUGUUGAUUACUGAAUGUCAAAUAAAUUUGAGAACAUAAUUAUA